GACAUAUUGCAGAGAAAUAAGCUAAACUCAAACCUUAUUUUCAGAAUUAGAAAUGAAAUCAAUCAGCAGUUCUUUUCUCAGUUAAUAACUAACAUUGAAGUUCAAAAACCAGUUAUAGCUUCAAUUGAGUUAUUCUUCUUUAAAAACUUCAUCAUUCUCAUUACAAU